AUGAACCAUUCGCACAUGUUCUACGACGGCAAAGUGUUAGGCAUGACCGACGACGGCCUGAUGGCGUACUCCUCCAUCGUUUUUGGUCUAUAUGCGGCCUACCAGUGGCGCCGGGAAGCGCAAAUCGCAAGUUUGAUCGCAUACGCGGCCGUGAUCUCGUACGCCGAACACAUUUUGAGGUACGAGCUGCUGACCUGGCUCGACCGCGCCGCCGCCGUGUCCCUCGCAAUAGUCCUCGUCCGCAGAAUAGGCUUCAUCCCGCGCCGGUGCCACCUCGCCGUAGCACUACUCCUCUGGGCGACGUGCGACAUCCUCUACGGCAAUUUGACACGCCCGCUCUACGUGAGCCUCCACUCGCUCUGGCACGUAUGUAUAUGGACCUACGUCGCCGACCUCCCCCAAGACUAG